AUGCUAGGAGAUGAAGACAUCGGCUGUAAAGACGAAGAAGCCCUCUUGGGUGGAAGCAGAGAAUGGGGUUUUUGGGAAACCGUUGCGGGACGCGGUGCCUCGCUGAAGGCAACACGUACAAGACUUGCCGGUGCACUAGGCUUUCGAACUCUCACACGUACAUACAGCAGCUUGAAGAAUGCAGAAUCUUCUGGAACACUCGACCCUCAUUCGGCGCCGUCUGCAGAUGCUCUUUCUGACGUCCCAGAAUAUGAUCCAAAUGCUCCUUUCCUCGCCCCAGGGCAAAAAAGAACCUUCCGUAGCAAGAUCCGACUUGGAACCCCGCAAUCACCUCACUACGACAAUAUUGACGAACCGUUUUCGUUCCCAUUGCUUGGAAGGCAUGAAAAGCAUCGAAGACUACGAAGUAUGCUACAUGGACUUGGACAAGCUGCGGACGCUAUUUGUAAGGUACACAAGCAGAAGAUGGAGGCUCACUUUAAAGCGAUUUGUCCGGUCCCGGGUGGGACCACUGAGGUGCUUCUGCACAUUGAGUUUACUGAAAUAGAAAGUGUUCCCAAAAACUCAUGGCAGCAGCUCAGAGUAAAGAUUCAACGAUCAGGCCCAUUUGACAGCCGGCAUUGUCAGAAGGGCAAACAAAUUACUUCUCUGGAGUGCUCAGAAGACCGGACAGUGUGCCUUGUACGGGACCUGUCUUGCUCAAAAUCUACGCCACAAAUGACUGAAGCUCUUCGUAGGGCCAGGCACUCUUCCUUGAUGUUGCUCUUUCGAGCUUAUUGA